AUGGAACAUGUUGCUGACCAGAUCCUAGAGCGGGAACCUAGAAUUUCAAUACCUGAUCUGCUUGUCCAAACAAACGAAACUGUUGAUCGCAACCUUCAUAAAAACUUUCAUAUCCCAUCAGAUGACUCAGGUAGCACAGCUGUAUCUGUUCUGGCCAUUGGAAGCACGUUAUAUUGUUCAAAUGUUGGUGAUUCACGUUGCAUCCUCGGCGUGCGAAAUCCAGCCGGUAAGGUUGUACCAAAGGCACUGUCCUCUGAUCAGACACUAUACCGUGCAGAUGAGCGACAGCGUGUUCUAGAUCUAGGCGGGCGUAUUGAUCAGAAUGGUGACCCUCCACGGAUUUGGUUACAGAAAAAAUUUGAACCAGGCUGCGCUUUCUCGCGUAGCCUUGGUGACAAAAUUGCGGAGACAGUCGGCUGUGUUGCAACUCCUGAAAUAAUGGCGCAUGAGCUUAGUGAUGACGAUGUCGUCUGUAUUAUUGCCUCAGAUGGAGUCUGGGAAUUCCUCACGAACCAGAAUGUUGUGGAUAUCUGCCUUGCAACUCUAGACCCGUAUACCGCGAGUUAUAAAAUUGUCUCAACUGCAUACCAAGAAUGGUAUGAGCAAGAAGAGCGAAUAGACGAUAUCUCAGUCAUAGUUUUGUUUUUUGGUCGACAUGAGAUGCAGCAAAACAACGAUCAAAAUGUGCGCCUAGACACCCUCCCUAAACGCUCCAGGCGUGGAUCGCAUGCCAAGCUGGCCGUUGAAUUUGAGAAGACAGCUUCAAUUUUGCCCGUAGAAGAGAGAAACACGCGCCGUGGCAGCUUUUCCCGCCUUGGUUUUUCCAAGACAAGAGGAUCCAUGGAUGCAUAA